GACUCCUCUCUCUCAGUUUUCUAGGGUUUUGGUCUCUCUUAGUAUCUAGCUGCUUUGCAGGUUUUCCUCUCUCCGUAAAACAAUGGCUAUUUCCUUCUCUGAUUUACACACAGAAGCUGGACUUAAAUCCCUCGAUGCAUUUCUCUCUGGAAAGAAAUACAUUUCUGGUGAUAAACUCACUAGAGAUGAUAUCAAGGUAUUCGCUGCGGUUUUAGGAAAACCCGGAGCAGGAUUUCCUAAUGUGGAUAGUUGGUAUGAGUGCGUUUCAUCGCUUCUUGCUGCAAGUUUCCCGGGUAAAGCUGUUGGCGUGAAAUUCGCUGGCCAAGCUGCCGCUGCUUCUGCUACAGCUGAGGAAAAGGACACUCCAGCAGGAGAUGAUGAUGAUGAUUUGGAUCUCUUUGGUGAUGAGACAGAGGAGGAAAAGAAGGCAGCAGAGGCGCGGGAGGCCGCUGUUAAAGCAUCUUCCAAGAAGAAAGAGAGUGGGAAAUCAUCUGUUCUUCUGGAGGUGAAACCUUGGGAUGAUGAGACGGACAUGAAGAAGUUGGAAGAGAUUGUGCGUAGCAUCGAGAUGCCGGGCCUUCUAUGGGGAGCAUCAAAACUUGUUGCUGUUGGCUACGGCAUAAAGAAGUUGCAGAUCAUGAUGACCAUUGUAGAUGACCUAGUCUCCGUCGACACCCUCAUCGAGGAGCAACUCACGGUCGAGCCUGCUAAUGAAUACAUACAGAGCUGCGACAUUGUUGCGUUCAACAAAAUCUAGAACUGAUACAUUUGCUAGUAAGCUUUCAUUUUUCCUCUCACUAUUCUGCUGCUGUGUGCUUGUCAUUUUUCGGAUGUGACUUAGUUUUGCAGUAGUUUAAUAGUCUUCCUGUUUGAUUCGUGUCCUUUUUUUUGUUUCCUAUUAACUUUUGGUUAGUGAUGAGUGUUCAAUAGCGAAACUAGGAUCAUUCAUCCCAUAACAGCCAUGGAAAUUUUAAGUUAAUCAUAUCUUAUCUAGAAGUUGUUGGGUGACCA